AUGCUUUCUCACAAGAUUCUUGUCAUUUUACAGAAUCCACUUCGCAAGCACCUUUAUUAUCAAAUUCCGACGAAUCUUUUUUUCGGCAUACGUCUAGACGCUGGAUGUAGUUUCAAUGAAGAUCAGCGACUAAGAGAGCGCUAUGUCCGAUUCAAUGCUCAGGAGCUUAUGCGUACGGCUGCCAGAGCUGUUGGUAGCGAUUGUGUUCACAUUGAGAAAAUGGCUGAAGGUGGUUUUAACAAAAUUUUUCUUCUCACAAUGGACAAUGGAAAUGAGGUGAUCGCGAGAAUACCUACACCGAUUGCCGGAACUCCAUUUUAUUCCACUGCUAGUGAAGUGGCAACCAUGGACUUUCUCCGGACUAUCCUUGAUUUACCGAUACCUGAGGUCCUUGCUCACUCUUCCACAGCCGAUAACCCUGUUGGCUCCGAAUAUGUUAUUAUGGAGCGUAUUCGGGGAGAAAGCCUAGCUUCACGGUGGCUCACACUUUCGACCAACGAGAUUAAGGGCGUGAUGAAUCAAUUAGCAAGAAUGGAAGAAAGGCUAUUUUCUUAUAGGUUCCCGGCUUUCGGAAGCCUCUACUAUAACGAGGAUAUCCCAAUGGGCAUACCACUCACCAGUGCGGAACGGUUCUGUAUUGGCCCUAUUGCAAAGCGAGUAUUUUGGUUUGAUGAACGUCAGGAUUUGAAUAUUGACAGAGGCCCUUGGACGCAGCCCAAGGAUGCAAUGACCGCAGCUGCCUCUCGAGAAUUAACUUGGAUCAGAAGAUUUGCUACCCCACAACGCCGACGAACGUUCAUCCUCCCUACUCAAGAGCUUCUGGAUCCAUCAGAACAUAGUUCCCUUCUCUCCCAAUAUCUUCUGGCUGCACCUUUCUUAGUCCCACAAGAUACAACAGUCUGUCAACCCACCCUCCGCCAUCCAGAUUUAAGCCUGCCAAACAUCAUCUUAGAGCCUAAUUCCAGCAAGAUCAUAAGCUUCAUUGAUUGGCAGGAUACAGCGAUACUUCCUUUAUUUAUGCAGGCAGGCUAUCCGGCGUUUUGUGAACAUGAAUUGAGUCGCCCACAAUCAAUAAAAAGGCCAGAGUUGCCAGAUGACUUUGAUCGGCUUAGCGAUUCUGAGAAGCAGAAAGCUUGGAUUAAACAUCGCUUUGAAGAGGGAAAUCUUUAUUAUACUGCCGCAACAGGCUUGGGAAAUAAAUUGCAUUAUAAGACAAUGCGAUUGAAGAAUAUUGGACUUCUACAAUUUCUGAUAUCUCAGACUGGGUAUCCUUGGGACGCUGAUUAUAUCAACCUGAAGAUGUCACUCGUCUAUGUUGCUAAAAAUUGGGAUACCUUCUCACCUGAGCAUCCAUGCCCCAUUUUUUUUACACCUGAGGAGCAACAGACAGCUUUGUGCGAGGCAAACGAUUGGAACGAGUCGGCCAGCAUGCUUUCGCAGAUGCGGGAAUCCAUGUCUAUUGACUCCGAGGGAGGUACGGAGCCCGAAAAUUUUGAUUUCGCCAUGAAUAUGAAUCUAGAGUUUAGAAUGGAGAUGGUGAAGCAAGCAGAACCCCACCAACGCAACAUCUGUUGGCAAACAUGGCCUUUCAAAGAUGAUGAUGAUCAGUCACCAGCACCCCCUAUAUAUUAA